GACAUAGUAACAGUGUCACGCAAUGCACCAUGGAAGUGGAUCACAGAAUAUGCAACGACAACUCCAGAGAUCCAAGUCUGUCAGUGGGUCUGAAGCUGAGGAGCAGCAGCAGCCCACUAUGGCAGUUACACAGCAGCAAGCUACAGUUAACCACCCUCAAUCACCUGUGACCACAUUUACUUCUGCCGCCAGCCCUUCAGCCCCCCAGUCACCCAAUUAUCAGAUAAUCAUGAGUCGCAGCCCAGUCACUGGCCAGAAUAUGAACAUCACUUUACAAAAUGUGGGACAGAUGGUGACUGGCAACCAGCAGAUCACCCUAACCCCAGUCCCUAUACAGAACCCAGCAUCCCCUGGCUUCCAGCAUACUACACCUCAGUGGAGGUUUGAGCAUGCUCCAUCUUCCUACAUCCAAGUCACCUCACCUGUGCCCCAACCCAUGCAGCCCCAAAGUCCCACACAGCACAGUCCGGUCCCUCUGCAAGGUGUCACAAGACCAGGAGCCCCUGCGACAGCAUUGGGUGUCUGUGGCCAGAGUCCAACACGAUUUGUUGAAGCUGGAAUGUUAGUGCGGCAAAUCAGUUUAAGCAGUCCAUCAGGAAGUGGCCAUUUUGUUUACCAGGAUGGGACAGGCCUGGCCCAGAUUGCCCCCGCCACACCUGGUCAGGUACAGCUGGCUUCUCCAGGAGCACCAGGCUCUGUGAGGGAACGGCGGCUGUCUCAGCCUCACUCACAGACUGGAGGCACCAUUCACCACCUCGGACCUCAAAGUCCUGUGGCCACCGGGAAUGCUCUUCCCACUCUGGGCAGCCCCGGUCACAUCACCACUUCCAACCUACCUCCACAGAUCAGCAGUAUCAUUCAAGGACAGCUUGCACGCCCUAUGAUAUUUGAGAAGACGUCACAGGGUGUGGUUGCUGGAGUAGGAACCACAGCCACAGCAUCCUUUAGUAUACCCUCCUCCAUUCCACCGUCUAGUCCAUCUCUCACCAGUUCAUCACAAGGGACCCCAAAUAAUCCUCUUGCACCCACCAGCAUGAUAGUAGGAGCUAUGAAAAAACAGGCUCCCAAGAAGUUAGAGGAAAUUGCUCCUUCCACUCCAGAGAUAGCUCUACUAAGGAAACAGUGCUUGGAGCACCAUACCAAGAAGAUGGAGAGCCUGAAGGAGGUGUUCAAAGAAUAUCUGAUAGAGCUGUUCUUUCUCCAGCACCUGCAAGGGAACAUGAUGGACUAUCUAGCCUUCAAGAAGAAACCCUGUGUUCCUUUGUACACUUACUUAAGACAGAACGACUUGGACAUUGAAGAUGAAGAGGAAGAAGAAGAACAGUCCGAGGUCAUUAAUGAUGAGGUAAAGGUUGUCACUGGAAAGGAUGGUCAAGCUGUGACACCAGUUGCCAUAGCAACACAGCUUCCUCCCAAUGUUUCUGCAGCUUUCUCUACCCAGCAGCAGUUUCCGGGACACCAAGGGGCUGCUGCUGGCACCAUUGCAAAUCCCGGAGACAUGGAUGCCUUUAAGAGGCAACAGGCUAUGGUGCAAGCAGGCGGGAUGCCGCCUACUCCCCAAGCGGUCCAGAUUGCAGGACAGAAGCAGAACCAGCAACAAUACGACCCAUCCAAAGGACCUCCAGUUCAGAAUGCAGCCAGCCUGCACACUCCUCCUCCUCAACUGCCUGGCAGAUUGCCCCAAGGUGCUCUCCCCAUGGCAGGGCUGCCCAUGGCACUUUCUCAGCAGGCUCAGUUGGUGGAGAGUACAGUCCAGCCAGGGGGUCAACUCCAGAUGAAGGUGCAAACAGGCGGUCCUGUCCUGGCCACAGUAAAUCCCCACACACAGCUCCAGGCCCAACUCCAGCAGCAGAUGCAGCCAGGUCUUCAUCUCCAGUUGCAGCCCCAGCAGCAACAAUCCCAGGCCGUUCUACAGUCAGGACAAGCGACGGUGGCCCUUGCUCGCCCGGGGGCAGAGUCAAACCAGCCAGCCCAGAGGCUCAUGACCAACUCGGUAUCCUUGACCUCCAUGUCUCCUGCUCCCCUCUCUGCUCCCAACUCUGUUCCAACCCCGCACAUGACAAGUCCUCUCCGCCCUCUUGGCUCCAACAUAAACCCAAGCACUCAGUCCAAACUGACUGGAACCAAUGGUGUCUCUGCAGUCAAAAUUGGUGGGUUUGGUCAAAGUGCCACCAUGCAGUCCACACAGGAGGGUUCUCAAGAUAAGCAAGUUGAGCAAGCCAAACUGGAGAGUCAAGUGCAUCAACGCAUUUCUGAGCUGAGAAAGGAGGGUCAGUGGUCAGCCAGUAGGCUCCCCAAGCUUGUGGAAGCCUCACGCCCAAAGUCUCACUGGGACUACUUGCUGGAGGAGAUGCAGUGGAUGGCAGCUGACUUUGCCCAGGAGAGGAGGUGGAAAGAGGCCGCUGCCAAGAAGCUUGUGCGAACAUGUGCCCGUUACCAUCAAGAGCAAAAGAAAAAUGAAGAGAGGUCAAAGAAAGAAAAGGAAAUUCAUCUUCGUCACAUUGCCAGCACAAUUGCCAGAGAGGUCGAAUUCUUUUGGUCCAAUAUUGAACAGGUUGUGGAAAUUAAACUUCAUUUUGAAAUUUAUGAAAAGAGGCUCAAAGCCCUCAGCUUACAAAAAGCCUCAGCCAAAGUACUUGGCCAGUCAACAGGAGAGAAGGCUGACAAAGAGGAAGUGGCUACUUCAUCUAGGAAAAGAAAAUCAAGUUCAUCUUUGGUUGAUAAUGAUGUCCUAGAUGAAGAAAGCACCAUAGAGGAACAAGAGGCCAUGGAAGGGGUAGCGGACCACAAAGCAGAGUUGGUUGACCUUGCCAAAAAUGCUGAGAUGCCUCUGGAUGCUUUGAUGAAGCAAUAUGCUGGCGCCUACGUUGACACCUUUGAGUGGCCUCAGCCUAGUCCUCAUAGUGAUGAGAAUGACAUGGAAGAGACUGAAGGGAUGGAUUGUCCUGUGAGCAGUCCACCUGAGGCAGUGCUGAUUGACUCCCUGCUCAGUGUGGACCAGUACCGUGCUGCUGACAAGGCUUCUACCAGUGACUCUGAUGGGAACCCUGCCAGAGACAUCGCUGAGGUGGCUGCUGCCACAGAGCUCAUCCUGCCCAAGGGCAGCUUCAGGACCACUUCUUCAACCCGCAGCCCAGCUCCCUUUCUACUGCAUGGCUCACUGCGAGAAUAUCAGCAAAUUGGUGUGGACUGGUUGGUUAAUCUACACAAGAAGCACCUCAAUGGUAUCCUAGCCGAUGAGACGGGCCUUGGAAAGACCGUUCAGACUGUGGCUUACAUGGCCCAUUUAGCUGGCCAAGAGGGUAUCUGGGGACCUCAUCUUAUUGUGGUCAGGACCUGCAAGUUGUUAAAUUGGGAAGUGGAGUUCAAGCGCUGGUGUCCUGGCCUCAAGAUCCUCCUGUACCUGGGCAAUAAAAAGGAGCGCAGAUCUCAGAGAAUGUGGUGGGGAGAAGCCAACAGCUUCCAUGUCUGUGUGACAUCCUACAAGCUGUUGAUGAAGGACCAGAGCCAUUUCCUGAGGCGAAGGUGGAGGCACCUGGUCCUAGACGAAGUGCAGCUCAUCAAAAACAUGACUGAAAAACACUGGGAAACAGUCUUUGCUCUUAAAAGUGAGCAGAGGAUCCUCCUCAUCAACACUCCUCUACAGAACACCCUAAAAGAGCUGUGGACCAUGAUCCACUUCCUUAUGCCAGGAAUCACCAGGCCCUACUCUGACUUCCCUGUUAAGGCAGGCACAGACCAGAACCAGGACUACUGCCACAAACUGGUCAUCCGGCUACACAGGAUGAUCCAGCCUUUCAUUCUGAGGCGCUCCAAAAGGGAUGUGGAGAAACAACUGCCCAAGAAAUAUGAGCACAUCCUAAAGUGCCGCCUCUCCAGCAGACAGAAGAGCCUUUAUGAGGAUAUCCUAACUCAACCAGGAGCCCAGGAGGCGCUGAAGACGGGUCAUUUUGUCAGCGUGCUUCAGGUCUUGAUGCAGUUACAGCGAGUGUGUAACCACCCUGAUCUGGUGUCACCCAGAGAGACAAGCAGCUCCUACUUCUCUUCUUCUCUGCAAUACAACAUCCCAUCACUGGUGCUGGGAGCUCUUCAGAAUGAGCCAAGCAAGAUCGCAAACAUGUCCAUAUUUGAUCUAAUCAAUAAUGAGAAUAGACUAACUCGGUAUCAGACUGAAGAGGCUGUACCAAAACUAAAGGUCACACAGCAGCUCAUAGAGGAGAUCUACACUGGUCCAGAUCCACAGCCACGACCCAAGCCAUGCCCGAUAAAACCCAUGAGAUUGUUCCAACCAGUGCAAUAUGGGACAAAGCCAGAAGGUCGCCUCAGUGCCAUCCCAAGUGCAGCAGGCCCUCGUCCUCCAACAAGCUCUCCUGCUACGAGCACCACUGUUUCCACCACCAGCCAGUCAUCCCAGAGCAGGGGCAAGUCCCCCGUCACCACUGCAACUACUACAGCCACCUCUCACGGUGGAGAUGUGGUGAAGAUUGCUCAGCUGGCCAACAUAGCGGGUAGUCAGAAUCGUAUCUCCCAGCCAGAAACUCCUGUCACUCUGCAAUUUCAGGGCAACAAGUUCACUUUGUCGCCCAGCCAGCUUCGCCAGCUGACCACCGGACAGCCCUUGCAGCUCCAAGGUACACUCGGCAACAUCCUGCAGAUUGUAUCAGCUCCAGGGCAGCAGAUCAUCAGGCCCCAGGGAUCCAUGGUAAUGCAAACAAUGCCACAAGCUGUUCCUGCCUCCAACGCCUCAGCUACACCUGGCACACCUCAUCCUGCUCUGUCAACAGCCCAACAAGCACCAGGUGUGACAACAAAUGCCACAGCAGCCCCCACCAAGCUCACUACUGCAGCUCAAGCUGGUUCACAGGAGUCUUCAGAAGAAAAGACUCAGCAGAUGAAGCAGCGUUUGAGCCGCCUCUUUGAAGCAAAUGAGCGACGUUGUAGCCGCAGAGUGUUGUAUGGGUCAGACCUGCUGCAGGCAUGCACUGUGAGCACAGAGCCUGGUCACUCUGCCCUGACUGCUGGAGGCUGGAGGUGGGUGGGUAGAGAGAGCUGCCUCAGGGCCCAGAGAACCUGUGUUGCAACCACGUCUACUCUUCAGUCCACUCUGCUCUCUGUUGAGGAUCGACUCGAGGCUGCCAGCAGCCUGAUCAAGAGGCUCGUAUGUGUGGUGCCUGCAGCUGUAGCCCCGCCUUCUCAGCUUUAUGCAGCCAAUCCCCCAGUUCCCUACAGCCUCGCACAGAAGUCUCUUCAGCGUCGACUUCAGGAGGCCUCCACUCCCCACAGCGCUGACAUCCACCACUUAGUGUCCAGACGUCUCUUCCAUUUUCCUGACAUGCAGCUAAUGCAGAUGGACUCAGGUAAACUGGAAGCUCUUGCUAUCCUGUUGCAGAAGCUUAGGUCAGAGAGCCGCCGUGUCCUCAUCUUUACUCAGAUGGUGAAAAUGUUAGACAUCCUGGAGGCCUUCCUAGAUUACAGGCAGCUCACUUACGUGCGGGUGGAUGAAAGCCUCACUCCUGAUGAACGACAGGACAACAUGAAGAGGUUCAACAGGAACAGGCAGGUGUUCUGCAGCAUCCUGACCAACCACUGCUGCGCAACAGUUGGAACUGUCUUUGAUGCAGACACCAUCAUCUUCUAUGACACAGACCUAAAUCCCAGCAUGGACGCCCGCACUCAGGAGUGGUGUGACAAAAUCGGACGCUCCAAAGAUAUACACAUUUACAGGUUGGAGAGUGGUAACUCCAUUGAAGAGAAGCUACUGAAGAAUGGCACCAAGGACCUAAUCAGAGAGGUGGCUGCCCAGGGCACUGACUACACUCUGGCUUUCCUCACACAACGGACAAUCCAGGAUCUGUUUGAGGUGGAGGCAGGCUCAGGGGAGAAGGUGGAGGAGUUUGUGGUUCUUCACCAGGAGCCAUCAGCCUCUGAGGCCAUCUCUCCCAGAGUGGCCAGACCCUACAUCCAGGCCCUCCACAGCAUAAACCUGGACGGUCUGCCAGAGGUGGAUGAGCAGCAGCCAGGGGAGGUGGAGUCAAAAGGCAACGAGUCAGUAAAGGACGAACAGGAGUCACAGAGCCAGGAUAAAGAAGACCCUGCUCAGAUAGAGGAGCUGAAUGCAGUCAUGGAACAGCUCACACCGAUUGAAAGGUAUGCCCUGCAUUACCUGGAGUACCUUCACAUCAGUGACGAAGAAAGUGUUCUCAAGGAGAGAUUGGAGUGCUCUAAGAGAGGCUGGGAGCUACAGCAGCUGCAGAAGCUGAAAGAGGAGGUAGAGGAGCGGCAGGUCAUGGAGGGAAAUGACGAUCUCUUCACCUACACCAGAGAGGAUGCUUAUAACAUGGAGUAUGUAUUUGAUGCAGAGGACGGCCAUACAGAAAUCAUGCCGAUUUGGACUCCACCCACACCACCACAGGAUGACAAUGACAUUUACAUCGACUCUGUAAUGUGUCUAAUGUAUGACACCGCACCAAUGCCAGAGUCCAAGCUACCUCCCAUCUACAUCCGCAAGGAGCACAAGAGACUCAAGAUGGAUCCCUCAGCAGCAGCCAGGAAGAAGAAGAAGGGCCACGGUGAAACGGUCAUUCCUCCACGCUCCCUUUUCGAAAAGGCCAGCAUGCUGAAAGUUCGCCGCGAGGGAAAGGACCAGAAAAAGAAUUUCUCCCUCAAGCAGCAGGCACCGUUUGCCAAGCCCCUGCCCUCGCUGGUUAAACCUGCCAUGGAAGCCGGCCAGGACAACCCAGAGUGGCUUAUUAGUGAGGACUGGGCUCUGCUUCAGGCUGUAAAACAGCUGCUGGAGCUGCCUCUGAACCUGACAAUCGUGUCUCCUGCCCACACUCCUAACUGGGAUCUGGUGAGCGAUGUGGUGAACUCCUGCAGCCGCAUAUACCGCUCGCCCAAACAGUGUCGUAACCGGUAUGAGAAUGUCAUCAUUCCCAGAGAAGAGGGCAAGUUGGUGUAUGAGGCAAACCCCAAGAAGAAAACCAAGAGCAUAUACAAGUCUAAGAACAGCCGUCCUCUGAGGACAUGUCAGAUCUACACACAGGAUGACAAUGCCACUCACAUUCAGCUCUACAACAGCCGCUUUGAACUAAUGAAGAUCGUUGCCAGCAAGAGGAGCCCACCAAUAAAACCGCUGCUUGGCAUGAACCCAUUCCAGAAGAAUCCCAAACAUGCCUCUGUCUUGGCAGAAAGUGGGAUCAGCUACGACAAGCCCCUACCUCCCAUUCAGGUGGCAUCUCAACGUGCUGAGAGGAUUGCCAAGGAGAAAAAGGCCCUUGCAGAGCAGCAGAAGGCUCAGCAGUUGGCGCAGCAGCAGCAGGCUCCCCAGGCCCAGGCUUCACCCGGCCAGGCCCAGACUCCUGCUGCUGGCCAGGCUCAGUCUCAGGUCCCACAGGCUGCCGCAGUGACCGGAGCUGCUGCUGUGCCUAAUGCAGCUGUUCUGGCUGGAGCCAUAAAAAAUGCCACUGUGGGCACAACCAUCCAGGCUGCAACUGUAGGGGGGAAUGUGAUUGUGAACACAGUAGCUGGAGUUCCUCCAAGUCCCUUCCAGGCCAACAAACGCCUGGCAUCUCCAGUCAUACCAGGCACCCUGUCUCCUGCUAGUGCCGCUGGAGCUCAGGUGGUCCACGCACAACAAAGGGCAGUUACAGCUGCUGCUACCCCUGCAGAAGUGGUUGCCAUAGCUACAGGGCAGGGUGUUCGAGCAGUUACCCCAGUGACAACACCUGCAGUAGUUUCUACCACUCUGAGCCCAGUGCAGUCACAGACCCGCCCACUUGUCACUCAAGUCACACAAGCUGCAGGUAUGCAGUUGCAACAAGGAAAGCCCCUCACCCCGGCCCACCUGCAGAUGCUCCGGCAACAACAGCUGCAGCAGCAACAGCAGGCUGCCUCCCCACAGAUCAAAACUGUAGGCAAACCCCAGGAAUUGUUAAAGAUGCACAAGCAUAAGUUGCAGCUUCAGCAGCAGCAGCAGGUAGCUGCAGCAGUGGCAGCAGCCCAGGGUCAACAGGCUGCAGGGGCCCAGCAGGCUACCCAGGUGCAGCCUUCACAGGCUGCUCAAGCCAAUCCCCAGCUAGCAGCUGUGGCAGCACCCAGACCUGGAGCUGUGCUGACCGGUACUACGGUGGCCAACUUGCAGGUGGCCAGACUGACUCGUGUGCCCACUCAGGGCCAGAUUCAGGCUCAGGCAGGACAGACGGCCCAAGUGACCCUCACCAAGCCUCCUGUGGUCUCUGUGCCUGCUGUGGUCUCAUCUGCUGGUGUCACCACACUGCCAGUCACAGUCGCAGGGAUUAGUGUGGCUAUUGGCCAGGCCCAGAAAACAGGUGGUCCUGUGCUGACACAGUCCAUCCCCCCGAUGCAGGUCCAGCAGCUGCUUCAGAUGAAAAAGCAGCAGCAAGCAGCAGCUGCAGCCCAGCAGAAAGCAGGGCAGACACAAGGACAAGCCACCGUACAGCAGAAGAUUGGCACUCAGCAGGUAACAGUGCAGGCAGCCCAGCUUACCCAGCAGUCACAGCAAAAGGUGACCUAUGCUGCCACCACCCAGCUUCAACCAGGGAUCAAGACCCAGUUCUUUACUACAUCCAUCGCCCAGCCUCAGAAAACCACUGGAGCUCAACAAAUCCAGGUGGCUAAGCUUCCACAAAUAGUGCAGCAGCAGUCCACUGUGGCCAAUAUUCAACAAAUCGUGUCUUCUCCUCAGCAGAUCCAGGCUCAGCCUCAGACUGUGGCCCUGACCCAGGCCACGUCGGCUCCUGCUCAGGUGCAGAUGAUUUCCGCCGGCACAGCGACAGCCCAGGUAGUCCAGCAGAAGAUCCUCCAGCAGCAGGUGGUGACUGCAGCUGCCUCACCCCAGAUCCAGACGCCUCCUCCCCACAGCCCCGCCCAGCAGACGGCAGCGCCCUCCACUGCAGAUUCCCCAGCGCAGCAGCCCGCUCAAGCCCAGCAGCCCACCAAGGGCCAAGCUCGACAGGGUAGCAUUAGAGCCAAAACUCCCGCCAAGCCCAGCGGGGGCGGCAGCUAGGAGACAUGAUACAGAAUGUACCCGGUUUUCCUGCAGUACAGAUAUGACAGCACUGACGUUGUACUGAAGUGUUCUUCUGAAUGUCACUGCAGCUAACGGCAGAGACAGAAGACCCGACACGUCCUCAAACACACCAAACCUUUACCUCAUCCCAACCAUCUCUAAUCUUAACGUGAACGUAACACAAGGCCAGUUCAGCUCUGUUUCAGCAGACGGGUCACGUCUGCCCAUGAUUCUGCUUUACUGAAAGGAAACAACAUUGUUACUUAUAUUCUUUAUUCAUUUGUUGAAAUGAGGAAUGUUCCUUGAAAAUUACCACAACUUAUAAAAAAAAAAAAAAAAUUCCCCAUCAACUGCUGACCAUCCGUCAUCCGUUCAGAGAGACAUGAAUCACACCUACAAAGUGAUGAUUACAAAAUGACUCGACUGAUAUGCGAGGCAGAGACUUGUUUGUAAUUCUGAGUUGGGGAAUGAGCUGUCAUUAGAAUAAGUGUAUUGAUAAAUAGUCCCUUUUAUGUCUAAUUCCCUUGUUGUCUAUAGAUACUGAAUGGAGAAUAAUGCACGUUCCUUUAGUCAUUUGUUUUUUAUUGCAGCAAAUACACUGUAAACAUGUACUUUAGUAUUUUGUGUUUUCUCAUAAAUUGUCUUUUUUUAUUGAUGUCAAAGAAAAAAAAACUGUAAAUACAAUGAAAAACAUUUGUACUUGUAAAGUAGUUGUGUUUUCAUUGGGUUUUUUCAGCCUAAUUGUAAUAAAGUGUUUUGUUUUUAUACACAAAUUCA